AUGAUCCUGCGGAAUUGCUGUGAUGCUCUGACGAAGUUGCUAGUGAGGUAUAUUCGAGAUAUCGACGCCAUCAGUGGUAAUGGUACCUGUAUGGUAGGAGCUUUGCUCUCUAAGUCCGGCAUUCGUAUUUGUCUGGAUGUCUGCAGUCAAGCUGAGGAAUACACUGAAAACGUUCGCCGUGUGGUAGUUUGA